AUGAGUCUCCUCGGCAGAAAAUGGCCUGCGCCAAUCAUGAAGCCCAUGUGGCCCUUCUACAUCAGCGGCGUCGUCAUCCUCUACGGAGUGAACAGCAUGGCAACCGCGAUGGCCAACACUGACGAACACCGAAACGACCCGCGAAACCACAUCGUUCGGAACAAGACGCAAGCCGCCCAUUAA